AUGGUGAAUCAAGUAAGUUAUUGUUUGUAUUAUCUGGUUAUUAUAAGGAUACAGGGUGGUGAAUCAAAAUGUAUAUCUAUUCGGGCUCACCCCAAAACUGUAUCACAAGGAGAAGAGUAUGCUGUUACCUGUCAAACUAUUUAUUCUAAGUUUUGGUUUCAAAGAAACAAUCAUUGGGCUAUAGGUGUGGCUAAUGGAACAUGUGACAUACCAAAAAGCAGAGACAAAAAAUAUAAAUGUGAAUCAUAUAGAGAAGGGGGUUACUUAAUAGUUAAAUUAAAAGUUCUUAGUGGAGAGAAAAGUCCACAAACAGUACAGUGGAAUUGUUUUUAUUUAUUAACAAGUUACAAAAUACGUUCUGAAGUACUCAACAUCACAAUUAGACCCACUGAUCCGUCAAAAAGAACAAAUCAGCAAACAACCAGUUCAACUCAGACAACGUCUACGAAACAAUCCCCACGUCAAUCAGAUAAAAUACUAUCCACUCGAUCACCACUGUCAUCACCAUCAUCAUCAUCAUCCAGCAAGGAUCCUCAGACAGUAACUAAACCACCAACCUUUAGGUCACCUGCCGGUAAACUACCAAUCUCUAGCACCAAUAACAACAACUUGAUAGCUUUAAACUGUGUUGUUGGUGUCUUGGUUUUGAUAAACACCAUGAUCCUAGUGAUGUUUCUGUAUAAUAAACGAAAACAAGAUCGUGCUAAACAAGGACCAUCUAAACCACUAGCCCUAGAACCGAGAGGUCUAGCUGAAAGUAACUACGAUGAUCUUGAUAGGACAAUGGACGAUGGUCACACUUAUGAUACAGCUCAAGCCGAAGUCGUAUAAGAGAUUUCCUACUCUAAUCCUAAUGACGUUGAGUUUCGAUCUUAAAGAAUUCUCUUGUUUUAUUAUGUUAGCCUAUUAUUUUUAAGUAAAAUUAUGUUAAUCGAUUAUAGUAUUUUAAAAUUGAAUAUACAUGAAUUAUUAUCUUCUAUUUCAUUAUCAUUCAUUGUCUUGUGUUUUGUACUGUGGUCUGAAGUACAAUGAUUUAAAAUUAAUUAUUGUUCUUUAGUACAUAAAACAUCAAAUUGGUAUGACGCUUACAAGUAAUGUUAUCAUUCUAUUCAGUGAAAUUGGGAUAAGAUGUUUUACUGUGGUCUGAAUAAAAAUAGUU